UUUUUCAUACGGCAUCGACGUUUGAAAAAUAAAAAUGAAAUCUUGGGGGAGUUGAGCGGUACUCGUAGGAGAGGAAAAAAAGGGAAGCAUGUGCCUGUUUUCUCUUCUUCUUCCAGUUGUGGGCAGUUGUUUUUAGUUUCAUUCAUUAAAGCUUUUGCUUGGUAGAUAUUGAAAUGGAGGAGGUUAUGAUUCAGAGUAAUACAAUGACCAUGGAUAAAGCUGGUAAUGUAAUCAUAGACAUUGAAAGCCUGAAGCAUCCUCCUCCUGAUAAACGUUGCUGUGGGAGUUCUAAAUCUCUUGUUCGUAAGAGUUCCUGCCGGAUGGAGAAGCAGGAAAUGGAGGAGCCAUCAAAAAAUCUUUUCGUGAAAGUUCUGCCUCCGCUAUUGGAUCAACUAAAGCCUCCGUUGGUUCAAAACAAAGCUCUGAUAGCAGUACCUUCUGUGCUUAAUAGCCCUAUUUCAGCUGAUUCUGGGGACGGAAGAAACCGAAGGUUCCAGCGUUGGAAAACGAUUCACCCACGGAAAAUCCUCCUCUUUUUUGCCACCAUUCUUGCGGUGUCAUCACUUAUUGAAGAGCUGCAUCGUAAGUCUGGGUCUGCCCACCACGCCAAGAAAGGUGUGUAUUGAUGGGUUUGCACCACCAUCAUAUAAUAGUGUAUCCCGUCAUGCAAAUAAAUGCUUGUAUGAGUCUUCAAAAAUAAAACAGGAUCCCUCGCCACGCUAAGAAAAGCGGUAAGGAUGUCACCCGUGCAAUCUGAAGCACCCGCAACAUAUUCCCUUGCAGUGUCAAGAAAACAAGCACGAGUACUUUAUUUUGAAUAGUCUUAUCACGUCUCGAGCAUUAUGAGCAAGCUGCACCCCGACACACUAAGAAAAACAUGCAUAUGGCUCCCCACAACACAUUGAACAAGUCAAAAUAAAUAUUUCAGGAGCUUUUUGAUUUGCCCACUACUUUGCAAGUACAGCAUAUGAGUUUCGCCCCACCACGCUCGAUGCGCCAAAUGUGUAGUGAUAAAUGUCUCAAGAAUUAUGAGUGUUAUACCCUUCGUGCGACGAUGAGAUGAUCAUUUUAGCACAUCUUCAUGAAUAUCACUUGUAAACUUGCGCUCCCCUACCCGCAUCAGAAUCAUUUACAUAUGCACCAUACACAUCAGCAAGAUAAAAUGAACGCAUUAGAUUUUAAUUUAAUGUGGAAGCUUGAUUUCCUUUCCCCACCUCUUCAUCUACCUGAUAAUUGCAUGCAGCUCGUCAAGAAGGCGGCUGAGAGAUGAAUGGGAAUUUUACCGGCAAGUGGAGGGAGCUGAGAAAUGGGACGGCUCAACGGUGGUGAAGCAGGAAGGUUAUGUUGGGGAGGGGGAAGGUUGACUUGCAGGAAUUAAGCUCGGCGGCGAGGAGAUUUCCGUCUGUUUGCCGGAAGGAGAGUGGAUCGACGGAGAAAAGAGGGAAACGGGCUUGCAGUUCCUGCGGGCAUGAGCAGUUGCGUGAAGGAGAGGUUGAUGCGUGCCGGAUGGAUGGCUGCAGCGGCCAGGGGUUGAGCCAGUCGGCGAGGAAGAGGAGAACAGAAGUUCUGUGCUUGAAAGGGAGGAGGGGAGGAAUUGCGGACUGUUUCACGUGGAGUGGGGAACGGGGCCGGAGGCUACACGUGAUCCAGAUGGAUCUGCGGUCUUUCUACUACGUGGAGAAAAGGAUAG